CAUUGCAACAAAAUGCCAUUCUGUUUUAUGCCGGAGGCCCAUCAAACUAUGGAGAUUUCACUCUAAUUGAAAUUAAGUCUUCGAAAUUAAAAGUGGUGGUCAAUUUUGGUAGCUUCGUCGGUCCAGGUAUGCUUCACAGUCAGUUCGCUACCAUUUGCAAUCAUGUAUACCUACACAUUUUUUGGCGCGUUGCCCUCAGUAUUUAUAAGGGCGUGUUCAUACCACCCCAUCCCACUUUUCUUCAGGACCAAUUUUGUAAUUCUUCCGAAACUGAGGAGAAACUGGGGGGGGGGGCAAAACAUCUUAAUGUUUUCAUCCAUGACAAAAAAUAUACCAAAUCUAUGGCUUUCAGAUUAUCAUAAAACAGGUCCAAAAUGCAUUGAAUAGCGUUUUGCAGACAGCCCAAAAAGAAAAAUGUUCCGGAAACCAUGCCCCUCGGAUCCCCCGGUUGUUCUGUGUAUUUUACGAUUGCCCCCUCUCUCCCCUCACUUCUUUGGGGAAGGCUACGCCUCUGUGUUUAAAGAGUUUUUCUCAGGGUCCUAGGCAUUCACCAUAAUUGAUUAACUAACCCUCGCAGACCUUUGUCAAUACGUCAGUGUGGUAAACACAUCAAACUAAACCAAACUAAACUCAAUUAAACUAACAAGAUUCGCUUUUCGUAGGAACUAACUAUACUGCUACAUCAAGCGUGGAAAUUAACGAUGGCAAGUGGCAUUUCGUCGAAUAUGCAAAAGAAUCCAACUAUUUUACACUGAAGGUUGACAUGAUAUCGACAAAUGUUCUCCUGAGAUCCAUAGGUUUUAGAAAAAUGGACUACGAUGACCAUUCCUUUUUGGGAGAGAUUGCGGAGACGCCGUACAAACAUGAUAUAAAAAUUCAAGAUUUCGUUUGGAAAGUGAGAUGGGACACUGUUAAUUUUGUGACUGGUUUGUUCCAGACAUAUGAAGAUUACAACGCAUAUUUUCGUGUGCUACCUGAAUAUGUUUUACCAAUUUUCAACAGAAAGUUACCUAGAACGGCUCAACCACUAAACUAUAAAAUUACCAGUUCUACUCCCAAACCAAUGUCAAAUACUCCCACGCCUUCGAAACAUCGUUGUACUGAGGGCCCCUGUUCCAGCAAAGGUAUGAUUUAGUUGCUGUUUUGCAGUACAGGUAUUUUAUACAUGGUAUGAAGAUUUCUCAUUUGGAGAUUUCUCAAGGCCUAUGACAACAACAGUGACAACAACUACAACGAAUGAUAACUACAACUACAACUACAACAACGGCAAGAACAGUAACAACAACAACAACAACAACAACAAAAACAACAACAACAACGGCAACAACAACGGCAACAACAACAACGGCAACGACGACAACGACAACAACGACAACAACGGCAACAUCAACAACAACGGCAACGGCAGCGGCAACAACAGCGGCAACAACAACAGCGGCAACAACAACAACAACGGCAGCAGCAACAACGGCAGCAGCAACGAAAGACGACGACGACAAUCUUUAAAACAUCAACUUGAGAAAGUUGGUUGUAAGACUUCACAGUUUCUUUUUCACACAUUUUAGACGAAAGUAAAUUCUAUGUGGUGAUUGUUCUGGUGAAUAAUUGUCGCGGUGAUGUACUUGUCACGACGAACGUGUCUGGUCAGUUGAAAAUCGACCAUCUGAAACCAACAAAAACAGUGGUCAAAAGUAAAAGAUGGAAGACAAAAAAAUGGUUGAGUGUAAGUGUAGUCGAUGCUACCACCAACCGAACGGUUGACAUCAAUGGACACUCAGUCAUUCAUCUGGAACCAACGAUUAAGAAGCUUAUUUCGCUGAAAGGUUUGUAUACAGCUGAUUCAAUUAAGGUUGUCCUUCCAAAACCUUAAACCUUAAACUCUGAGCGCGCAAGGGAUGAUGGGUUUUUACCUAUUAGGCCCUUAAACUCAGACAAUUGCCUUUGCAGCAAGUAAUGUUUUCUGUCGUGAGUUCUAUAUGUCUCAGGUAUUCUUGCAAAGCCAAAUUUCAAAGUUUAUGAGUCUAAAUAAGCAAUAACCCAUCAUCCCUUGCGCGCUCAGAGUUUAAAGUUUAAGUUUUGGAAGGACAACCUUAAUUGAAUUAAGCCUAGUUCACAUAAAAUCGUUAAGCAGUCGCAGACAGUCGCAGACUGUCGCAGACUGUCGCAGACAUGUGCCGAAUUUUUGCAUGAACGAUCUGCGAUGGAUCGGGAAAGUUGAACCAAGUUCAACUUUUCCGAUCCGUCGCCGCGAAUCUGCAUUUGUGUUCAUAUAAAAAUUCGGCACAUGUCUGCGACUGUCUGCGACUGCUUAACGAUUUUAUGUGAACCAGGCUUUAGCUGUAUCCAAAGUACAGUAAAUACUAUUUGCUUAAUCAAUAUGCUUAUUUGCAAUUUAAGUUUUAUAGUAGCUAAUUUUAUAGUAGCGAAAAACCUCUUUUUCGCUGUUCCGAAAUAUUGGAAGCUUUAACGAGCUCGUGAAGUAAAUUAUGUCCAGUUACACGGUAAUUUGGAACAUUACCAUGCAACUGGACAUAAUUUUCUUCACGAGCUCGUUAAAGCCUCCAGUGUUUCGGAACAGCGAACAAGAGGUUUUUCGCUACUAUAAAAUUUAGCUACUAUAAAACUGAAAUGAUUUGCCCAAAAAUAUAUACCAUUUAAGAAAUAACUGACAAAACAAAGUUAUAGCAGAAUUUUUUCAUUCAGUACAAUAUAAUUUUCCAACCAGUCAUUUCUCUUAUUUCUUGACUAGCCCCAAAAAUGGUGGAUCGAAGUAUUACGCGAGCUACUACAACUCCCCAAACCAAUACUUUCUCGAAUCCAUCUCGAGCCAAUGAUAUCCAGCGCAAAUUUCCUGCCGAGAGAAUCGUUUCGACAGAAACUGAUCCUGUUCAACCUUUGACAGCCGAAUUUGAAAAAUUUAAAGAUUCAUUUAGUGCUACUGAAGGAAAAGGACGACAAGGUAACACGUCUCAUCUUCUUAAACAGGGUUUCCCUUUUCCUUUCCCAUCUCAUCUUCUUAAACAGGGUACACCACGCAGUUUCCCUUUCCCCUACGCGUGUCCUCCCGCGCGUGCGUCACGCGACAUCAAAGCACCAUCAAAGUACCUGGUACGAGGCUGGUCCAGUGAACUCUAGCUGGUCACCAAGCUUGUCUUUCAAGCUCCGAGACCCCGCGGGUUCAAUCUUUGGUCGGACGUCUGUUCAAGGUAUAAAAAUAAUUGAGGAGAGAUCCCCUUGGCAAUAGCCUGUUAGGAAAUCCGCUCACCAAUGAGUGAGAAACUCAAUAAAAUAACCUCAAAAAUGGGUGAAAAUAUAUAAACCAAAAAAUCUUUGCAUUGCAUAUUUGUUUUCGUUGUGACUUUGCAUGCACCAAUGGUUUCGAAUUCUGAUUGAUUUUUCUUUGUUUCCCAGUCAUUGGUCAAGAUGCCAAUACCGACACUGGAUGAACAGAUAAAGCGAGGGGUAUAUAUUAAUCUCGAGCGCUUGAAAUUGGAAUAUCGGAACGGUAUAUUUGAAUGAUAACAAAUUGAUUUGAAUAAUUAUUUACUGAACUCUAUAUAGUAAAUGUGAUUCGCUUGUAGUCGAUAAAAUCAAAUUAGCUACGUUAAUUACGACAGAGAUCAAUAAUUUUGAAUAACACCUAAUGAAAAUAUUUGCAACAGUAUACUAUAGUACUGUAUAUGCGUGCUAGUUUGUAUAAGUAGUGCAAGUUAUGCACAGGGUGUCUAAAAAAAAACGCUAUGGAAAUUCAACAGGCUGUCGACUGUCGUGCAUCAUAAACGUGGCUAAACAAUUCAAUAUUUAACAUAGGACGAAAGAACAGUUAUUUAGCGUUUCAAUGGCACUCUUUUUAAAUCGUAACGAUGAGAAAUGACCACAUACUCGCCAAAUAAAAAUUGCCGGUCGAAAUCACAUUCUUCCACCGUUGGGAGUUGCAUGGAAAACGAACAAUAAACAAUUCCCAAGAGGGAAUUAAAAUUGAAUGUUAAAUUAUCUAAAAUAAGCUCAACUCGACAAUCUUUGUCCUAGUGAGACCAUAAGAACGUCCAUUAUUGCAUUAAACAUGGUUCCAUUAACCACUGAACAGAGAACAUUCGUAAUCAAAACGUUUUACGAAACAAGUACCUUGCAGAAGGCUCGCGUUGCUUUUGGAUUGAUUAACUUUGCAUAAUUAAUGUAUUUUCAAUUCCCAACGGUGGAAGAAUGUGAUUUUGACCAACAAUUAAUUUUUAUUUGACGAGUAUGUGUAAUGUGGCCAUUUCUAAUCGUUACGGUUUAAGAAAGGUAUCAUAGAAAAGCUAAAUAACAGCUCUUCUGUGCUAUGUAAAAAUUGAAUUGUUUAUCUAAGUUUAUGAUGCACGACAGCCUGUUGAAUUUCCAUAGCGUUUUUUUUUUAGACACCCUGUAUAACUAGUUCACUUAAUAAUAAAUUUAAUACAUUCUAUGAUUUACUGCGAUAGCGAAUUGUUAAAUUUGUAGCUACUUCAUAAGUCUGUAGAAUUUCUUGAAAUUUCAUUUUUCAUAAAA